AUUAAAUCUUUCUGGUGUUGCAUAUAUACUUGAUUGUUCCAGCUGAACUAUAACCACUAAAGCAGAAUAUUUUUUUUUUCUCACAGGUGUAAAGGUGCAUCACACUAUGGCCUUACCAAAGAGCGCAAAAGACGUUCACAGGAUGGUUCCCCAGACUGCAGCUCUUCAUUAGACUUAACCAUAGCAGCAGUGUCGCCAGAACUAUCAGCUGCGUCUGCAGCUGCAGCCUUAGUAAAUGAUGAAGCAGGUCAGGACAACCCUGUAUAUAGCUCACCCACAGGAGACAGCCAUCUGGGAGUUGGAUCUGAAGAACACUUUAGAAUAAACCGGAAUAGGAGUCGUAAUUUUGAACGUUCCACAGUCAGGAGUCUUUCAUUUAAAAAGCUAAACCGAGCACUCAGUGUCCUUCGAAGAACAAAAAGUGGAAGUGCCGUCAUACACUCCGCAGACCGAGAACGAGCAAGCCUGCAAAAUGCAAAUAUUACAGAAGUUCUGCCGAAUCUGUCACAUCUUAUUCCUGAUGGAGAGAUAACCUGCAUUAAAAUCAAUCGCUCUGAUCCCAAUGAAUGUCUUGGAAUUAGGAUUGUGGGUGGAAAUGAAACCCCUCUGACUCAAAUCAUCAUACAACAUAUCUAUCAGGAUGGUGUCAUUGCUCGUGAUGGGAGGCUCCUUCCUGGAGACAUGAUCUUAAAGGUCAAUGGCAUCGACAUCAGCAAUGUACCUCACACUUAUGCACUUUCCGUCCUCAGACAGCCCUGUCAGGUGUUGAAGCUUACAGUUCUCAGGGAGCAGAGAUACAAAUGUAGGAGUAAUGGCAUCAGUACAGAGUCACAAACCCCCCGGGAUGACAGCAUCCAUGUUGUCCUAAGUAAAAGCAGUCAAGACGUGCAGCUUGGGAUAAAGUUGGUCCGUAAACGGGAUGAGCCAGGAAUAUUUAUUUUUAACUUGCUGGAAGGAGGUGUUGCUGCUCGAGACGGUUACCUGCAGGAAAAUGAUCGAGUUUUAGCCAUCAAUGGUCAUGAUGUGCGCAAUGGGACACCAGAGAUUGCAGCUCAACUAAUACAGCCCAGCGAGGAGGGGGUUUACUUAGUAGUUUCACGACAGACCAGACAUCAGACCCCUGAUAUCUUGCAGGAGGCUGGUUGGCAUAACAACAGCAGCCCGCCGCAAUGUCCCAAUGAGAGAAACCAUUUUAACAAGAAUGCUAAUCGGACGAUCCUGUGUGUGGAGAAAGUUGUGAAUAUUGUAAAGGACCAUACAGAGUCCCUGGGAAUGACAGUGGCUGGUGGUGUGUCAAAUUGGGAAUGGGACCUGCCUAUCUUUGUCACAAGUGUAGAUCCUGAUGGAGUAAUUGGGAAAGACAGCAGAGUAAAAACAGGGGAUAUUUUAUUAAACGUCAAUGGCAUAGAUCUAACUGGAGUCAGCCGUAGUGAAGCUGUGUCGUUGUUAAAAAACCCUUCUUCCUCAUGUGUGGUUCUGAGAGCCUUGGAAACAAAAGAAUAUGAGCCAGAGGAAGACUUAAGCAACAACUCCCUGUCAAUGGAAUCGGUCCAGAAUAGCUUUGAGAGCAGAGAAUGGUCACCAGUCUGGGUCAUGUGGCUCAAGCUGCCUCGGUACGUUAAAACAUCGCAUCCCAUCUCCUACAGGAGAGUAGGCGGAAAGAUUUAUGUUUCUUGGUCUGUUCCCUCUGCUGGGUUUAUUAUUCUCUAUGGUGAUGUGUCCUAA